AACUGCACGAGAUUCCAGGAUUGGAAUGGAAAUGCUAAUUUAAAAGGUCAAGCGGAGCUGCGCCUCACGUUUUUGGCGUCCGUGUGCUCGGUGCGGGCGGAGCAAACAAAGACCCAGCAGAGAAGCCAGACGCCGAUAUUCCUCCCGCUGCUGUUUCCCCAAAAUAGUUGUGGAAUCAUGCCUGAAAUGCCGGAGGACAUGGAACAGGAGGAAGUAAACAUCCCUACCCGGCGGGUUCUAGUUACAGGCGCCACAGGGCUUCUUGGCAGAGCAGUUUACAAAGAAUUUCAACAAAGUAACUGGCACACUGUUGGCUGUGGCUUUCGAAGAGCAAGACCAAAAUUUGAACAGGUGAACCUGUUGGAUUCUGAAGCUGUUCAUCACCUCAUUCAUGAUUUUCAGCCUCACGUCAUAGUACAUUGUGCUGCGGAGAGAAGACCAGAUGUUGUUGAGAGUCAGCCAGAUGCUGCUUCCCAGCUGAAUGUGGGUGCUUCUGGGAAUUUAGCAAAGGAGGCAGCUGCUGUUGGAGCAUUUCUCAUCUACAUUAGCUCAGAUUAAGUGUUUGACGGCACAAAUCCCCCUUACACAGAAGAAGAUAUACCAAAUCCCCUGAAUCUCUAUGGCAAAACAAAAUUAGAUGGAGAAAAGGCAGUCCUGGAAAACAAUUUAGGUGCUGCUGUUUUGAGAAUUCCUGUUCUGUAUGGGGAAGUUGAAAAGCUUGAAGAAAGUGCUGUGACUGUUAUGUUCGACAAGGUGCAGUUCAGCAACAAGUCAGCCAACAUGGACCACUGGCAGCAGAGGUUCCCCACACACGUGAAGGACGUAGCCAGUGUGUGCCGGCAGCUGGCAGAGAAGAGGAUGCUGGAUCCAUCUAUUAAGGGAACCUUUCACUGGUCUGGCAACGAGCAGAUGACCAAGUACGAAAUGGCAUGUGCGAUUGCAGAUGCCUUCAACCUCCCAAGCAGUCACUUAAGACCUAUUACUGACAGCCCCGUCAUAGGAGCACAACGCCCCAAAAAUGCUCAGCUUGACUGCUCCAAAUUGGAGACUUUGGGUAUUGGCCAGCGGACGCCAUUUCGAAUUGGAAUCAAAGACUCGCUCUGGCCUUUCCUCAUUGACAAGAGAUGGAGACAGACUGUCUUUCAUUAGUUUAUGUGCUGUGUAUUUUUUAAAUGAAAAGUAUAGUAUGUGGCACUUUUCAAGAAUAAAGGAAAUAGUUUUGUAUGAGUACUCCUUAAUUGUGACUCAUGAUCCUUCAGGUAAAUGAUGCUGUUGCACUAGGAGAAUGUCGGAGAGACUGAGGGCAGCCAUGCCUUGUUUGCAGUCAUGACUUUGAGUUGAUCGUUUUGUUCUGGUUCACCUUGCUCUUCAAGAAAUAUAAAUUAUGAUCUUCAUGUCUGAGAGCUGGGAUGAAACAGACUGUUAGACUCUGGAUGAAAUGCAUUAUCCAUUCCUGUAACUCCGUUUUUCUUUUGUUUGUGGACCUUUGUAUAUUGAUAGUUUCAGUGCGUGUAGGAUCCUGUGAAAAUCAUCGCUGCUCAUUGUUUGCUUUGCUUGAGCCCAGAUCAAAAUGCUUGAAGAAAAGGAAACUUUAUUUUUGCAACUUUAAGUAUGGUUUUUUACGCUUGGUUCUUAAAGUGUUGUGUAUAUCAGAACUGGAUAGCCUGACACCUCACCUGCAUAGCACCAUGUGGCAGACACUUGAGAGAGAGUGUGUGUGUGUGUGUGUGUUUUAAUAUAAAUACAUAUCUGUCUCUUUCACUUUGUCACCAAGUGAUAUUUCAUACAUGUACUUAUAAUAAUGAGCCUUGUUUGUCUUUUGAUCACUUAUGAAUAACAAUAAAUACUGCUGGCAUGUAA